AUGGCAAAUGUGAAUCAAGAUGACGACGAUGCUGCUCAAUUAAAAUUUCCAAAAGAAUUCGAUAAAGCUGAACCGAUGAUGAUCUCGGAAGUUUUGUUAAUGCUCGAAGAACGUCGAAAACAGCAAAACAGUGACGAAAUAGACGAUGAUGAUGACGAACUCACGUCAUCCGAAGCAUUUAAUGAUAUUGUUGCUUACUGUGAACGAUUCAGUAAAUUUAAAACAAAAGAAGCAAUCAGCGCGGUGAGGAAUUUACUCUUCCCCAAAGAUCAAACGAAUGGUAUGGCAACAUCAAGUUCUACGCCUGUUUUACAUAAAUUCGAAGCUGCUUUACUUGCUAAUCUUUGUCCACAACUGGCAGCGGAAGCGAAAACACUAAUUCCAUCUUUAGACAGCAAACUCGAUGAUGAUGAAUGUCAAAAAAUAGUUGAUGAAAUUCAAAACUAUCGAAGUUUUCAAUAUUGA